AUGUACCACACUGGUGAAAAACCAUUUAGCUGUGACCGCUGUCCUAUGCGUUUUACGGAGAAAGGCACUCUUGUCAAUCACGUGAGAACACACACUGGCGAAAAGCCCUACAAGUGUGAUGUGUGUAAAAUGCGUUUUACUAAUAAAUACCAUCUUGUUGUUCAUAUUAGGACACACACUGGUGAAAAGCCAUACACGUGUGAUAGGCAUAGAUUGUACCACUCUGGUGAAAAACCAUUUAGCUGUGACCUCUGUCCAAAGCGUUUUACUGAGAAAGGCCAUCUUGUCGCUCACGUGAGGACACACACUGGUGAAAAGCCAUACAAGUGGGAUGUGUGUAAAAUGCGCUUUACUCAUAAAUGCACGCUUGUUGCUCACAUGAGGACCCACACUGGUGAAAAGCCUUUCAAGUGUGACCUAUGUCCAAUGCGUUUUACCGAGAAAUCCACUCUUGUCGCCCACAUAAGGACACACACUGGUGAAAGGCCAUUCAAGUGUGACGUAUGUAAAAUGCGUGUUACCGGGAAAGGCAGUCUCGUCAGGCACAUGAGAUUACAUACUGGCGAAAAGCCGUAUCAGUGUGAUGGGUGUGAUAAACGUUUUAGCAAUAUAUCUAACCUCAGGGGUCACGAAAAAUGUUGUACAUAA